AUGGAAAUUGGAGCCCCAUGCAACACGGCCCAGUCGGCGCUCCGCCGCUCCCAAUUCUACGGAUGGAGCAACGGAGGCAAACCAAGCAGCGACGAGUACGUAGAUCAAGAUGGCGUCGCCCUUCUCCUCGCUCUUGCAGCGACGCUCCUGCCCUACUGCAGCGCCACUGCCUCCUCGCCGGUCGCAGCUCCGGCUCCGGCUCCCUACGCUGAUGGUGCAUCCCCGCCUUACGGCGCCUUCCUGCUGGCCCCGGCUGCCUAUGCCGAGGCACCAACGACGGCGCACCAUGCACCUGUACUUGGGAAGGAUCACCACCAUGCCAAGCCGCCGGCCGAGCCACCGGCAUUCCGCAACGCAUCUGAGCACGGGAAGCAUCACCACCAUGAUAGCUCGCCCGUGGUGGCACCGGCGCCAUACCACAACAAUGCAUCCGAGCACAAGCACCAUGGCCACCUCGGCCACGGCAAUGCAACUGAGCACAAGCACCAUGGUCACCUCGGGCACCACCAACAGCACCACGAAGCUCCACCUCCCGCUCACAAUGCACCGCCGCCUCAUUUGCCGCCACCUGCUUAUCAGUCACCACCGCCGCCUGCUCACCAUUUGUCGCCGCCUGCCCACACUUCGCCGCCGCCCCCGGCACACCACUCGCCACCCCCUGCUCACCCUUCACCGCCGCCCCCGGCACACCACUUGCCACCCCCUGCUCACCUUUCGCCGCCGCCCCCGGCACACCACUCGCCACCCCCUGCUCACCAUUCACCACCUCCCCCGGCUCACCACUUGCCACCCCCUGCGAACCAUUCGCCGCCGCCUCCGGCUCAACAAUCGCCGCCACCACCUGCUCACCAUUCGCCGUCGCCCCCGGCACACCACUUGCCACCUCCGGCUCAACACUCGCCGCCACCACCUGCUCACCAUUCGCCGUCGCCCCCGGCACACCACUUGCCACCUCCGCCUCCAUCCCAUUAUCCGCCGCAUGUUCCGACACCUCCGGGGCAUAAGCACCCAACGCCACCCCUGGCUCAUCAUGGUAAAGCACCGCCGCCACCGCCACGCCGCCAUGGGAAAUUCCCGCCACCAGCACGAUCCGGGUACUCGGCGGCGGCACCAUCGCCAUCUUACUACGGUGCGGAUGCACCAUAUACCAACUAAGCCAAGCUUGGUAAGCCUCGGUAUCACGGUGUUCGUCACGUUCCAAACAGAGUGUCGCCUCCGUGGUAUCUAUGGUGGAAGGGCCAAGAUAAGCAUGUAACUGAAGUAAGCUCAAGACCGCAAGUGAUCAAAAGCCCAUUCACGACUUUCGGAGGGCGUCACUUGCUUCUAGUAAUAUUUUGCUUUCUAAGUUCCCCAGAGGAAGCUACUGAAUAAAGUGGGUAUUUUAUGUGCAGUCGUAUCGUUUGAUCUAAAUUUGUAAUAUUGUUUCCUUUCACCGUCACAAAAAUAAAUGUUUGUUAUGUCA